AUGUCCCAGUGGUCAGAUCUUCCAAAAGAACUGUUAGAAAUGAUCAGCAAAGGUUUAGACUCUCGAGUUGACGUACUUUGCUUUCGUGCUGUCUGUACUUCAUGGAGAUACUCUGCCUGUUUACCUUCAUUUGAUCAAGAAAUUCCUCCCUUGGUUCUCAAGCUUCCUCGACCAAUCCGUGCAGAUGCGGUUCUCAUGCAAACUGCAGUGUGCCGCAUGGAACUUAUGAGUAAAUAUCCAAACUCUUCUUCUUCUUCUUUAACAAAAUCUUGGUUGGUUAAAGUUGGAGAGUCAAAAUAUGGUAAACUACAGCUUUUGAAUCCACUUACAAAUUAUAAAAUCAAGUAUUCACCAAUAUCAUUGAAUUUGCUUGACUUUAAGUUUGUAAAAUUAAGAAAAGAUUUGUUACUUAAAUGGUCAAGAGGGUUUCAUGUUUUCGGAGAAAAUAAGUUUGUUCCCUUUCCUAUAUCUGCAAGUUGUAGUAAUAUAGAUGAAUUUGGAAUGUUGGCAAUUUAUCAUGAAGGGAAAUUGGGUUAUUGGAAAUAUGGAGAUAAGGAAUGGACUUUGUUAGAUAAUAAGAAUUUUCAAUAUGAUGAUAUUAUUGUGUACAAGGACCAAGUUUAUAUUAUUGAUAGAUGGGGGACAGUUUAUUGGAUUGAUUCAUCAUUGAAAGUCAUUCAAUACUCCCCUCCACUUUAUGGUUGUGGAGGGAAAAAGAAUUUGGUGGAGUCCUGUGGAGAUCUUUAUGUCGUUGAUAGGUAUCUUGAUGGAGAAAGAAGGACAUGGAGAGAUUAUGAGGAUGUCAUAGACAACAGUGACAAUUAUGUUCAUGUUAGGAAACUCAUGAAGCAAUGCAGGCCUAAGGCUGUCGAUUUUAGAGUCUAUAAGCUGGAUGAAGAAUGGGGUACUUGGGUUGAUGUAAAAUCUUUAGAUGAUCGAAUCUUUGUUUUGGGUACGGAAUGUUCUCUCUCGAUUUCAAGUAGAGAGUUUAAUGAAGGCAAAGGGAAUUGCAUUUACUUCAUGGAUGGUGAUGAUUUUGUUGGUAGAGGAUUGAGUGCUGGUAGCAUUCAUGUUUUUCAGUUAAAGGAUCGUAGCACUGAGAAACUUUCACUGAUUCCGGAGUUCUCUGACAUCUUUUGGCCACCCAACAUUGUUAAUUCCUCGACAUAA